AUGUCUAAUGCAAAUUGGGGCUGUUGCUUUUCCGAAAAUGAUAACUGUGACGAAUUUAUUGUUUGCGUUAAAUGUGAAAGAAAAUAUCAUUAUGCAUGUAUGAUAAUUGAUCGUAAAAUUAUUACCUCUGAUUUACUAGCGACAUGGGCAUGCCCUGAAUGUGUCCACCUACAACCAAAAACGGCAAAUAAAGAUAAUACACCUGUGAGAAAUGUCAGUACCGUAAGAGGAAACAAAAGAAUAGCAAUUGGAUCGCCACAGUCUGAUCCCGAAAAAGUGAACAUUUCUAUGGAAGACAUCCGUCAAGUGGUAGAAGGUGUGAUGGAUGAUAAAAUGAACGAUCUAUUUAAAAGAUUCAAUGAAAACUUGGUUGGAUUCUUCGCGAAGGAAAUUAAAUCAAUGAGAGAUGAAUUGUCGAGUAUUAAGGAAUCUUAA